GGAAGCGGGACCGGAGCCCUCUCGCGGCCGCGGCGGCAGCAGCGCCAGCCCAGCCGCAGCCCGGACUCCGCCGCCACCUCGCUCCCGCCGCCCGAGCCGACAUGAGCGAGGCGGAUCGGGAUCGGGUGCCCUCGCCCGCCGCGCCGCCGGCGGUGGCGGCGGAUGAGAGGAAAGGGAAGAAGGAGAAGGAGCCGGAGCGCGAGAAGCUGCCGCCCAUCGUGUCGGCGGCGGGCGCCAGCGCGACUGCGGGUUUGGACAGAGGAUCCAAAGGCCAAAUUUCAACUUUCAGCAGUUCUGUUUCAACUGUCAGCCAGAAGCAAGAAGUUGCUGAAAACAGAAAUUCACCCACACACCCUGUUUUCCCUAACAUCAAGAACGCGACAGACCCACCACCAGUUUGCCUUGAUGUUAGACAGAAGCAGCGUAUCUCUACAGACGCAUCAUUGGAAAUAAAGGCCUCAGUUCCUCCAGAGUCUGCCCUUCCUGUCCAGCCCAGAACUAUGAAAGACUUUCAGGAAGAUGUAGAAAAAUCUAAGUCGUCAGGAGAUUGGAAAGCAGUACAUGAUUUUUAUCUAACAACAUUUGAUUCUUUCCCAGAACUAAAUGCUGCAUUUAAGAAAGAUACUACCACCUCAUUUAAUACCACUGAAGAUUCUGGGAUUAAUGCUAAAUUUGUGAAUGCUGUAUAUGAUGCCUUACUUAAUACUCCUCAAGACAUUCAGAAGACAGUAUUAAAGGGAAUCAUUAACAGCUUGUUACGAGAAUGGAAAGGUCCACGGACAAAAGAUGAUCUUAGAGCAUAUUUUAUACUUUUACAGAAUCCUCAGUUUAAUAACACAUCUACAUACGUCAUCUAUGCCCACUUGCUAAGACAGAUAGCUGCCUUAGUGGAAGCUGACCAUCAUUUCUUAAUCCACUGGGUUAAAAAAUUAUCCCAGAAGAGGUUCAAACAAUUGGUAGAGAGAUUGCUGCAGUUUAUUUCUUUACGACUGUUUCCGGCAAAGCCUGAAGAAUUUCCACCCCUAACAAAAUGUUCCUGGUGGAUCCCAUCAGCAUCUAAAGUGCUGGCUUUACUUAAUACUGCAAACAAUUUGGUUCACCCUCCCCUUAUUCCUUAUACCGAUUUCUAUAAUUCUACCCUGGAUCACAUUGACCUCAUGGAGGAAUACCACACCUGGCAGAGCUUUGGAAACUCCCACAGGUUUUCCUUCUGUCAGUACCCAUUCGUUAUUUCUAUAGCUGCAAAAAAAAUCAUUAUUCAGAGAGACUCAGAGCAGCAGAUGAUAAGCAUCGCAAGGCAAAGUCUGGUGGAUAAAGUAUCUCGAAGACAGAGACCUGAUAUGAAUAUGUUAUUUCUAAAUAUGAAAGUAAGGAGGACACAUCUGGUUAGUGAUUCUCUUGAUGAGUUAACCCGGAAAAGAGCAGACUUGAAAAAGAAGUUGAAAGUUACAUUUGUAGGGGAAGCUGGUUUGGAUAUGGGUGGUUUGACUAAAGAAUGGUUCCUUCUUCUGAUUCGCCAAAUUUUUCAUCCAGAUUAUGGCAUGUUUACAUAUCACAAAGAUUCACACUGCCAUUGGUUUAGCAGCUUUAAAUGUGAUAACUAUUCUGAAUUCCGAUUGGUUGGAAUUCUUAUGGGACUAGCUGUUUAUAACAGCAUUACACUGGAUAUUCGUUUCCCCCCCUGCUGUUACAAGAAAUUAUUGAGCCCUCCCAUCGUUCCUAGUGAUCAAAAUACACCAGUGGGCAUCUGCAGUGUCACCACUGAUGACUUAAGUCAAAUUAUGCCUGAGCUGGCCCGUGGAUUAAGUGAACUCCUGUCAUAUGAGGGCAAUGUUGAGGAAGAUUUCUACUCAACAUUCCAGGUUUUUCAGGAAGAAUUUGGAAUAAUUAAGUCCUAUAAUUUAAAGCCAGGUGGUGAAAAAAUUCCAGUUACCAAUCAAAAUAGAAAAGAAUAUGUACAGCUUUAUAUUGACUUUCUUCUCAACAAAUCCAUCUAUAAGCAGUUCGCUGCAUUUUAUUAUGGAUUUCAUAGUGUGUGUGCUUCAAAUGCCCUUAUGCUGCUUCGCCCAGAAGAAGUUGAAAUCCUGGUGUGCGGAAGCCCUGAACUGGACAUGCAUGCUCUGCAGAGAAGUACUCAGUAUGACGGCUACGCGAAAACUGACUCGACUAUAAGAUACUUUUGGGAUGUUGUACUUGGAUUUCCUCUUGAUCUUCAAAAGAAGUUGCUUCAUUUUACUACAGGAAGUGACAGAGUCCCUGUAGGAGGAAUGGCUGAUUUGAAUUUUAAAAUCUCAAAGAACGAAACUUCUACUAAUUGGUUGCCUGUGGCUCAUACCUGCUUCAAUCAACUUUGUCUUCCCCCCUACAAGAGCAAAAAGGACCUGAAACAGAAAUUGAUCAUUGGAAUUUCAAAUUCAGAAGGUUUUGGACUUGAGUAACCUAGAAGACUUGAAACAUAUUUUAUAUGUAGCAUUUACUUCCCUCUUAUUGUGCCUUUAACCUUUCAUGUUUUUGUCUCAAAACACCUUGACAACAAUCACCAACUUUAAAAUACUGAUUUUUAAAAAAUAUAUAUAUAUGAAUAUGUUAGUGGAGGCAUAAUUUUCUAAAAACACAGACCUUGAUUGAGUGGGGGAAAGACAAGAUGGCAGAGAUAGGUGAGUUCAGUCAUUCUUUUUUAUAGCACUUUAUCAUUCUCCAUACGUAGUUUGUCGCAAGUGUUCCACUGGGGAGCAACGUGCCAUAAAGAAAGCACCCAUGGGAUGGCACAGUGGGACCUAGUGGCAGAUUGUAUGCUGCAGGAAACAGUAGCAACACAGAUAGCUGCAUUAGCAUUCAUGUAAGGCAUGUAGCCAUAUUUUCAUAUAGAGGUAAACAAAAGUAUAACUGCAAAUGCAAUAUACAGGGUUUUUUGAUAUACUGACUUUCAUCUUAAUAAGAUUCAACUGUUGCUGAAAAGAAUGUAAAUAACUCCAUAAUAGCCUGAGAAUAAUGGGAUUUUGAUAGUGCCAUUUAUUGCUAAAGAUUUAUUUUUACAAAGAAAAUUCAGGGUUUUAGAUGUGUAUACAGCUUUUACAAAUCAAUAAAGAUGAUUGUACAAGAGUGUAACUAUUUUCAGAUUAAUUGGAUUCGGGUUAUAUUCUUUUAAUUAAUGUUAGUCUGCAUGCACUUUGGCACUAGUUACUUUAAGUAUAAUGUAAUAUUUGUAUAAUAAUGAUUUCUUCUUAAGGGAUGGGAUAUUAGAACAGAAAUCAGAUAAAUUAAGUCAGUUACAAGCACAAAAGAAAAUAACUGUUUGAUAUAUACUUUGAUUGAUGUACAAGGCUUAUUUCUAAUAUUUUUUGAUCACCAGUUAUACUGCAACACUAAUUUUUAGAAAAGCUUAGGAUAAAAUAUUUGACAAAAGUGAAUAAUACAAUAAUAACAUUUGUGUUAAAAUGAUGUACUUUGUAUAAAAAAAUCAAGUUCAACAUUUUGACCAAAGUGUUUUGUUUUUCACUGGAUUGUGAAUAUAGGAAAUUCAAAAGUACCCUUUUUAGAGUUUCUAAUAAAGGAGCAUGUAAAAAGAAACUGUAUUUUAAGACAGACAGUAAAUGGUUUUCUUAAUUUAUAGCAAAUGAAGCAGUUUUAUUAGCAUGCUACAAAUAUUUCCUAAUCAAGACUUCUCUAUUAUUCUUGGAUAGUUUUAUUUCAGAAAACUCUGAAGAUAUAUUUGCAAUAAUAAUGAAGCCAGCAUUUAGUACCAGCAUCUAGUUCUCACGCAAAUAAUACCUUCCCACAAUUUUUUCUGAACUACGUUAUUUUCUUACUGCUAUGCUUCCUGCACCCAACCAGCAGAAUUCUUUUAGGGUGGAGGAACUCAUCAGUUUGUUUUCCUGCAGUUCUGAAGCCAACCCAUGAAUCUUUAAGGAAAGAAAGUUACUCCUUGGUUUAUUAUUCUCUUGGAAACAUACGCGACUCUGCUUUUUCAUUUGGAUAUACUGUUUAAAGAUUUUCUUAAAAUUCGUGGAAAGCCUAAGGGAGUUAAAGGCAUGUUGGUUUUAUUUUAUUUGCUCUGCUUUUAAUCCAUAUGCAAAUAAAACUGCUUCCCUAUUACACUGCUUGAACUAGAAAGCAAGAUGUUUAAUGUAGGUUACUACUAACUAAUAAGCACAAAAGAAUCAUGUAUAAGAAACCAGACUUAAGUGUUUUAAGUAAAAUGUAAACAAAGUUUUUUUUUGUAGAGAUGGAAAAUUGUACUGGCUUGGUCUGCAUGUUUAGUGAUGUGCUUGUUUAUUGAUAGUUAUGUCACUUUUAAAUAAGAAGUACACAAUCAGCCAGACUUUUAAAUGACAAAAUCCAUAAAUAACGGGAAAAUUUUUGUUGUUUGUUUAGUUAAAAUGUAUAACCAUGUAUCACUUAAUUGCACAUUGCCUUUAUUUAUUUAUGCUGUUUUUGGUUUACAGUGUAAUAAUACCUCAUUUUUUUAAGAAAAAUACCACUACUGUUCUAUUUCGUUAAUUUAAACAGCUAAAAAUUCAUAUAGUUGCUUUUUAUAUACACUGUUAAUGAAUUCUUGAUUUUUGUAUCUGCCACAGUAACUUAAAGCAUUACAAUAUUUACAAAAUGUCCUGUCCUUUUUUAAUCUUUAAUUAGUCAUAUUUUUGUCUGUAUGAUCAGAAGUUUUUAAUGGUUCCUGUUUUUUGUACAAAUCUGUAUUAUAUUAAGUUGUUAACUUCUGAAUAAAAAUUUUCAAGUAUUAAAGUUAUACAAUCAAUCAAA